CAAGCUAGCCAGAGCCCCCCCCCCCCUCUCUCUCUCUCUCUCUUUGGGCCUCUCCUUUCCUCCUCACGAGAGCCUGCAUGGCGCAGCAAUGAUAACAUUCCUCUGAACUCGCCCCAUCCCAAAGGAAAAGAAGAGAAAAGAGAGAGUUCAGCUCCAACGUCAGGAUCCUCUGAACGCGUGUACAGGGUGCAGGUAGAUAUGCUGCUGCUUCUUGCAGCCUUGCUGGUGCUCUGAUUGGUACUCCCUCUGCUUCGGAAGGUUCUCUAGCUCCGGUGUGGUGCUGCACUGUGGCCUGGCUGGCCUUCACUUGCACCUCAAGGUGACGUGGUGAUCUUCUUGGGUGUACUUCGUUUCGGCGUCUGAUCAGAUUGAGAACCUUGGAGCCUGAAAGAUGCCGGCGAGGAUGCACGGCGGCGACUUCUCCGACGACAUGCCGGAGUUCGACCGGCAAAUGGGGUGCAUGGCCGGCAUAUUUCAGAUCUUCGACCGCCAGCGGCUGAUCACUGGACGGCGCGGCGGCCGGCAAGCGCAGAAGAGGCUGCCUCCACCUCCAGGCAAUACUCUUCCAAAGAGCAGCAGCAAUGUUCCAGUUCAAAGUUCAAGCACCUCAAAGAUCAUACUGGAGAAAACAUUCAGCAAAUGUACGACCGAGAACAGUAGCCUUUCAAUAGAAUCAUCAAGAGCUUCUUCUUCCUCCUCAUCGUGUUCAUCCUUCUCAUCACUUGAUGGCAACAAAUCGGUCCAACACGAGCUUCCUUACAUCAAUGAGGAGCUCUUCGUGCAGAGUUCACUGAAGAGCUCGCCAAGUUUGAAGGGCACAGACAUGAACACUAAGCCUGGGCAUCCUAAUGUCGGUUUCAGGGACAUCGUGAAGGACUCUAUCAACCGGGACUCUGGAGGCUUAACUGUGAAAACCUCGGUGCAGGAGGCAAGGAGAAAUGGGCAGUACAAGGACUCACCGAGACCACUGCUGCUGUCCAAAUCAAUGGAUGGAACCUAUGUCAUUGGGAUUGACAGGAGCACAAAGGUUCCUGCACAUGUCACUGAAUCUGGCAGGCGUUUCCAGGAGCAAUCACGCUUCUCAUGUGAUGACCGAAGACUCCUGCGGUCAGCCGAAACCCAGGAAAGCAAGAGGCCUUCCACAAGGCUCAAGGAGCUUCCUAGAUUGUCUUUGGACAGCAGGAAAGAAUCUCUGAGUCCAAGCUCACGCCUGAAGAACUCUAGUUACAAGAGAACUGAUGAUACACUCCUAGAUGCUUUGAAGCCUCAAGAUUCCCCGAGCCACAGGAGAGCCAACAGUGUCAUUGCCAAGCUGAUGGGGUUGGAAGAAGCAACAAUUGCUACAGGGGUGCUAAUUGCGGGCGACUAUGACCCUUCAAAAUCCCCACGACCUGUGCAAGUCACUCAAAAUGAGCAGCCAUCACGUUCCCCAAGGAGCACUUGCCAGGAUUCCUGUGUGCUGCAGCUGAAGAAUGAGUCUUCAGUACUCAAAACCAAGCCUUCCCCAAGAAUCCUUACCGAAGCCGCUCCUUGGAGACAGCAGGAGAGAGGUGCCACCAACAUCAAGGCACCACAAUUUCGAGAAGCUGAAGUGAGACCAAGAACUGAGUCUGUCUAUGCUGCUAUAGAGAGGAGGCUCGGGGGUCUUGAAUUCUUAGAGUGUAACAAGGACUUCAGAGCUCUCAGAAUACUUGGUGCACUGCAUGCAAAGGAUGUUAAGCGGCAGAAUGACAGCAAUGCUAGACCAGUGGCUGUUCAGAGGACAGGAUAUCAUCGAACCACCAACUCUGGAAACUUCCAGCCUCCCAUUGUGGUCAUGAAGCCUGCAAGAAUAACAGGGGAAUCGGGGGUUUCAUUUUCUUCAGUUGCUCCCAUUGCAGGUCUCAGAAUCUUCAGAAAGUUGCCACCCAGAGAGUUACCUCUCACUGGCAAGAAUGAGACCGGUAGUAAUGAGAAGAACCAUUCUCGGAUAGCAAGAGCUCAAUCAAAGUCUGAAGAACCUGCCAGCAGUGCAAGCUCACCGAGGCCUACAGGCUCAUCAAGCCCCAGAUUGAUGCAAAAGAAGGCAGAGUCUGAAAGAAGGUCUCGUCCACCGGUCUCACCAAAAUCUCCAAGUAACAAGCCCAAUGAAGCUGCCUCCCCUAGAGGAAGAACAAGAUCAAAGCCUUCUCAAGUGAAGAGCCACCGUGACAACGAGGUCUUGCAGAGUAAAGGGAGCAGAAUCAGCUUGGCGAAGCAAGUUGAUGUCAGUAUUAUGGAUUGCCCAAAGGCUCUGGAUGUCAGCCCAUCUUUUGUUCGACCAAGCAACACAGCUGCAACAGCAAGUCACAAGGGUCCUUCCAUUCUGGGUUCAGAUCACAAUAUUCAUUCACUGGACAACAUCCCGAGCCCUGUCUCGGUUCUCGACACAUCCUUCUAUCAUAAAAGGAUCUCAGAUUCAUUCACAGAUUGCGAGACACAUUCUUCAGAUGAGUGCUGGAACCUAAACAGCCUGCCUGACACACCACAGUCGAAGACCAGCAGUGAAGUCAGCCAGAUUAAACCAGAAAACUUGGAAGCCCUCAUCCAGAAGCUUGAGCAGUUGCAAUCAAUGAAUGAUGAAGCUGCAAAAGCCAAAGAACUCAUGACAUCAAGCACUGCAAAUAAAGAUCACCAGUAUAUCUACGAGAUACUUGUAGUAUCUGGUCUUCUGCAUAAAGAGCUUACUUUUGCAGCAAUCCCUGGUCAGCUCCGACCAUCCAGUUAUCCAAUCAAUCCGGAGCUCUUCCUCAUUCUUGAACAAACAAAGCCAGACUUUGUUUCAACAAUUCAAGCUUUCAGUGUAACGAAGAAAAGUUCUAAGCCUUAUGCUGGAAAGCUUCACCGAAGACUUGUGUUUGAUCUGGUAAACGAAAUCAUAGCUCAGAAGAUGAACAUCUGCGGAUCUGCAACUCGAUCAGUAAAGUUUCUUCAGUCAAGGAAAUUAAGUGGGUGGCAACUAUUCAAGGACUUGUGCACUGAGGUUGACAGGCUCAUAAAAUGCUCUGAAGAGGAUGAGGAUGAAAACAUUGAAGGUGCACUCAAUGGAACAGAAGACUGGGGGAGCUUUGACACUGAGCUAAAUGACAUGGUUUUGGAUAUUGAAAGAUCCAUCUUCAAGGACCUUAUCGACGAGGUUGUAGGUGGCGAUGCUGCAGAGAAGAUGCAUUUUGGACAAUGGAAGCUACGGAGGCAGCUGUCUUUCAGUAGUGCUCUCGGCGCAUGCGUACCUGAUGCCGACACGCUGCUCGCCGAGCUGGCAUGGAAUGCACAGGCGCUCUCCGGUCUCCCGUGCGCGCGCGCGCGGCCUCGCAAGCAUUUCGCCGAGCACAUGUGGAAUAUGGUACUGCUUCGAAUCGAUCGGCCACGCCCCCCAAAACCCUUGGCCCCUUCCGCCCCCCGUCUCUCGCUCCGCUACCUCGAACUCCGCCGCCUCAGCAGCUCCACCUCGCCCGCCCGCCCGCCCGUCCGCUACUGUUCGCGUCGCCGACUCGCCUCGCUAGGGUUUCCCGCCCCGUCGCAGGCGGCGGCGUCGUCUUGGGGCGGCGCCGUCUCCGUGCCCUCCCGAUCCGAAGCAAUGGCUAUGCAAGCUGGGAGCUCAGCUGCUCUUUAUAGUCCACAUGUGGUUGGGGGUGCAUUUAUUAAACAAUACUACGAAACUCUAUGUAACUCACCAGAGCAUGCCCAUAGGUUCUAUGAUGAUUCAAGUAAACUUGGUAGAGCAGAUUCUGAUGGGAACAUGACAACUGUAACUACAAUGCAUGAUGUCAAUGUGCAACUUCUGUCUACAGACUUCACUGACUGUUUGAUAGAGUUAGAGACUGUAGAUUCACAGUCAUCCCACGGGGGUGGAGUGCUCAUUUUGGUUACUGGAUCCUUUACUACUCCUGAUGCUGUGAAACAAAAAUUUACACAGUCAUUCUUUCUUGCUCCACAAGGAAACGGAGGCUAUUUUGUUUUGAAUGAUAUGUUUAGAUUUGUAUCAGCAAGGCCAUCGACUGAGAUAAAUGAAGUUAUAGCUUGCCAUGAUAUUGAAAGUGCACAGAGUGCCACCUUGCCGGCUGAGCCAGAAACAGGUUCAGUUAAGGAGAGUACAGUGCCAGAUCUUCCAUCUACAGAAAACAUGCCUGUCAAUGAUGAAGUCAUAAGUCCCUCUGCAAAUGGCGAUUCUCCGGAUAAAAAUGAUGCUGGUGUUGAGACAUGCGUGAAAGAGGUUAAUGAGGGUGUAGAGAAGAUACCUGAGGCCGCUCCUACUACUGCUUCAGUUGAGAAGGAUGUUACUAAGAAGACUUAUGCAUCAAUUGUUAAGGUCAUGAGGGAGAGCACACCGUCGGCACCCGCUGCCAAACCGAAACCAAGGCCAAAGACAGCUCAAUCUGUGUCCUCGCCUCCAAAGCCUGCCCAUGCUACUAAUACUGCACUUGCAAUCGAUAAAAAUAUUUCUAAAAACAAAUCCCAUGAUGAGCCAGGGUAUUCAAUUUAUGUCAAGAAUUUGCCUUUCAACGCAACUGUUGAAAUGGUUGAACACGAGUUCAAGAAGUUUGGUGCUAUUAAACCUGGUGGUAUACAAGUCAGAAACCGCCAGCCUGAUCGGUUCUGCUUUGGCUUUGUUGAAUUUGAAUCUCAGCAUUCCAUGCAAGCAGCAAUCGAGGCAUCCCCUGUUUAUUUUGGCUUGAGAGAAUCACAUGUUGAGGAGAAAAGAACCACAACACGAGUUGUCAAUGGUGUCAUCACCCGUGGCAAUGACAAUGGCAAUGCUGGUGGCAGUAGGUUCCAGUCAGGCAGAGGUGGUUACCAUGGGGACAAUUUCAUUGGACAGGGAACGGGCUUUGUGAACAAUGGUAACUACCAUGAUGGCAAUAACAAGAGGAAUGACUACAGAAAUCAGAACGAGUAUCCUGGCCUUGGUCGAGGACCGCAAGGGAAUGGUUACCCUCAGGACAGGAACGGCUACCAUCAGGACAGGAACGGCUACCGUCAGAAUGGUAACGGCUACCCCCAGAAUGGGAAUGGUUAUCAACAGCGACGCCCCUCCCACAAUGGGAACGGGAAUGGUCCCAACCAAACAAAGGCUGCAGCAUAGAGUUGUCAUUUUGUAAUCCGUCAAAGUAGGUUUAGAGUCAAAUUUCUCCUCGGGCUUUAUUUUCAACCUGCUCCUAGGAACUAGGAAUUUUGCGUGAUGAUCAGUACUCUUUUCUGUCCGAGUUAGGUGUGGCUCGUUUAUCAUUUGGUGCCAUUUUCUGUCUUAUCUGCAAGUUCCCGCUCCCAUCAAAAGGAAUAUUGUUGAGAGCAAGUUAGCAACUAUAA